CACGAGCAGGGUUGGAGAACAGAUCUCUAGCUUAUGAUGGAUGGACAUAUCACCUUAACAAGAUUAAUAGUGAGCAUUGUAAUCCUUGUUCAUGGGUGUCAUUCGGAUGUGAAAUGCAGGAAUGACCAGGGAGACCAAGUUGACUGGUAUAUUUUAUACAAGCUGCCCAAUAUAAAAGAUGGUGGUUUGUCAUACUUUUACAUGGAUGAGAGCACAAAUGGGUGGAAACUCAGCAAAGAGAAAAUCAACAGUACGUCUGGCUCGCUGGCGAACACACUGAAACCACUUCUUGACUUCUACGACAAAAAGACUGAAGGCUUUGGAUACUUGCUCUACAAUGAUCAACCUCCAAACCAAAAGACUGUUUCUUCAUCGUAUGGCCACAGCAAAGGCGUCGUGAUGUUGAAUCGACAAACUGGAGUUUGGCUUUCACACAGCACACCAAAAUUUCCAACAUAUCGCAGGAAAGACUUCUGGCCAGACUCUGGAAAAACUAAUGCUCAAACAUUCAUCUGUGUUCAUUUUGGCUAUGAUCAGUUCAAAAUCAUUGGACUGCAGCUCCAGUACAUCCAUGCUUAUUCAUAUGACUUUGAUCUUCCAAAAACGUUUCAUGAGGAAUUGCGGUGUGUUGCACAUCGAAGCUGCUACCCAAGGAAAGAACCAUGGUUUAGUGUGAUGAAGCUGACCUCUUUGAUGAAACGUAGUUUCCUUAGCUUUGCAAAACACACAAGAUAUGAUGAUGAUCUUUACUCCGGCCUUAUUGCAAAAUGGGCAAAAGGGAAUCUGUUUGCGAAGAGUUGGGGAAAGAUGCAUCAACCUCUGCCGUCUAACUGCAGCUCCAGCAUCCCUCAUCACGUCAACAAUGUAAAGGAAGUGGAACUGCUAAAAGGGAAGCCCUUCAGUAACACUAUGGAUCACUCCAAGUGGUGUGUGACUUCAGGUGGCGGCUUGAUCUGCAUCGCUGACAUGAACAGAGAGAAGAGUCAGAUGAGCAGAGGAGGAGGAGCGAUAUGUACAGAUGACACUGUAGUGGCGAAGGCUUUCAUUGCUUUGAUCUCACAGUAUGAACCUUGUAAACAGUUGGUCUAUUGAGUCUCUGAAGAGGCAUUUAACCCCUUUCUUUCCUGGUUUUGGUAUAAUUUGUUGCUGAUGUUGAUGUUUUUUAUACUUGUGUGUAUCAUCAGGCUGUCUUCAAAUAUUAAAGGCCAAAAAAAAUUAAUUGUAGUAGAUUUUUAAAAGAAAAAAAAACAACAACAACAAAAACAAAAAAAAAAAAAAAAAUGGCAAGCAGAUGUGCAAUAUACACUGGCUGCUUCUCUUAGAGCCCAACAAAGUCGGCUAGAGCUCUUAUAAAUGAGCUUAAGUGUCACAUGAAACAAGAACAAAUAUCUUUAAUAUAAAGCAUAACCUAUGGUAAGCUUCAUGUUUAAAAUACUAAAGCUUUAUUUUAGAAAGUUGUUCGUGGAAUAAAGCUAAUAAAGGUUCCUUUAUGACUAAACAGGAUGUUUUCAUGUUUGCUAUUAAAACUCUCAGUUUAUGAACGUAACAUUUGUAUUUUGGUAUAAAUAAAUAAAUAAUAGCUGAUAUUACUUCUUUUUCGCUCAUUAAAAACUGAUAGAGCCACAUCAUAAAGACAUUAUAAAGACCAUCCACUAGUUAUAAAAUCUAUUUGUGAAUGUAGAUUAAUGAUGUCUUUUUACCUUGAUGUAAUUAUGUUUAACUUCUUGAUUUUAAAAAAGUAUUUCUUCUUUUGUGUUGGGGUUGUUUUUCAUUUCUGUAAUUCACAUUAGAAAUGCAAAGUGACAACAAAGCAAUGAUUAAUGGUGCAAAUUUAAUUGCAUAUACUGCUGACUCAGAUAAACAGGACAACUUCAGAUUGUUGUUACUUUAUUUCUUCUCAAUCUACAAGUGCACUAUCUACUAUGCACUUUUUGAAAUAUCUACUGUAUUCCCAUAAACAUUAAAAGCCUGUAAAGGGGUGGAAAAUCUAAUGAAGGAAAAGAAAAUCUACAUUUUUACAUCUUGUGCUAACAGAAAAGUGGUGUGUUAAAGAAUGUGUGUCUCUUCUUCUUCUUCGUCUGUCUUCUUCUCUUCACCACAUGUGUUGUCUUCUGCACCUGGCAGACACUGAUCACAAGGUACUAAA